AUGGCUUGGGAACCACAGGAGGAGCCGCUGAAGCAGCUUGCAAAAUAUCUGCAAGAUUCCCUCAAUCAUGCCGACAAGAAUGUGAUGAGAAACGCGGAGAUUCAGAUGCUGAACCAAGCGAAAGCAAGCCCAGACAUCAACAACUAUCUAGCAUACUUGUUUGCAAACAGUGGAGCCGCAACGGUCUCGAGCAUAGUCCCAGAGUAUGUCGAUCUUGUGCGAGCCGCUGCCGCCAUGAUGCUGAAAAAUGGUGUUCGGACAUCGUAUAAGGCAAUCCCACAGUCAAGCAAAGACUACAUCAAGUCCAUGGUUCUACUUGGGAUUCAAGAUCCUAAAUCAAACAUGCGAAACUAUGCUGGAAACGUUGUCACAGAGAUCAUACGUCAGGGAGGAGUCAUGGGAUGGCCGGAACUUCUUCAAGAGUUGAUACUCUUGGCCAGCAACGAGAGCGGUAAUUCAACACAGCAGACUCAGGAGGGGGCUAUGGGUGCCCUCCUCAAGCUAUGUGAAGACAACACCAAAGCUCUAGACAAAGAUUAUUCUGGUACAAGGCCGAUAAAUCACCUGUUUCCCAAAUUCUUGCAGCUCACAACUAGCCCACUGCCAAAAGUGCGUGCGAAUGCGUUAGCGAGCAUGAAUGUUUUCAUUGCAGAUCAACCUCCGGCGGUCAUGUCUAACAUUGACGCCUUAUUAUCACAACUCUCGCAACUCGCGGCGGACCCGAACACCGAAGUUCGAAAGCACGUAUGCCGUGCUUUUAUUCAUAUUGCUGAUAUCAGCCCUGAGCGGAUCGCUCCGCAUCUUGACGAUCUUGUAAAAUUCAUGGUCUCACAACAGAGAACUGUAGAAGAUCCUGAACUUGCGCUCGAUGCUGCUGAAUUCUGGCUAUGUCUCGGUGAAGAUGAGAAUCUCCGAGAUUAUCUUGGCCCUUAUCUGCCUCAGAUCGUGCCUGUACUUCUAGACAGCAUGGUAUACGACAAGGACGAAGUGGAACGACUCGAAGCUGAAGCUGAGGAUGACGCGGACGAAGACGACAACCAGGAAGAUAUAAAGCCCCAAUUUGCAUCGACUAAGGACGCCCGAUUGACCGCUGCAACGAAUGGUGAAACCGAUACGAGCACUAAUGGAUCUGGAAAAUCGACUGCCGCAAAUUUUGAUGAAAACGAACUCAGUGAUGGUGAGAUCGAGGACUACGACGACUCAGACAUUGGAGAUCCAGAAGAGCAGUGGAAUCUUAGAAAAUGCUCAGCGGCCGCCUUGGAUGUGCUGGCAUCAGUGUUCCACCAACCAGUGUUUGAAGAGACUCAACAGUACCUCAAAAACAAUCUUAAUCACCCAGAGUGGCCGUACCGCGAGGCCGCCGUUCUUGCUCUCGGUGCCAUUGCCGAGGGCUGUAUGGACGUGGUCACGCCUCAUCUACCAGAUUUGACGAAUUACCUCACAUCACUUCUUAAUGAUAAGCAGCCCGUAGUUCGCAAGAUUACUUGCUGGUCACUUGGUCGCUAUUCAGGGUGGGCAUCACAACUCGAUAUGAAUGGCCAACAGCAAUAUUUCGUUCCGGUCAUGGACGGCAUACUUCGACGAAUGCUGGACAGCAAUAAAAGCGUACAAGAGGCUGCCGCAUCAGCAUUCGCAAAUCUAGAAGAGAAGGCAGGGAGAUCACUCGAGAACUACUGCCCUGUCAUUGUUCGACAGUUCGUCGAAUGUUUUGCCCGAUACAAGGAUCGAAACAUGUUCAUAUUGUAUGACUGUGUUCAAACACUCGCGGAACAUGUAGGCCCGGCGCUUGCGCGACCAGAGCUUAUUCAAAUACUCAUGCCAGCCCUGAUAGACCGCUGGAACAAGGUUUCGGAUCAGUCGCGUGAGAUGUUCCCGUUGCUAGAAUGCUUGUCCUAUGUGGCAACGGCUCUCAAAUCCGAAUUUGCACCCUUUGCUAAACCCAUCUUCACGCGAUGUAUCACCAUCAUUCAACAGAACCUGGAAGCAGACUGGCUAGCGAAACAAGAUCCUGGGAUUGAGUCGCCAGACAAAGACUUUCUGGUAACGAGUCUAGACCUUCUGAGCGCGAUCAUUCAGUCUUUGGACAGUACGAAUAUUACAGACCUUGUUGCUACUUCUCAACCAAAUCUUUUCAGACUGAUAGCGUACUGCAUGGACGAUGGCAACAACGAUGUUCGACAGUCGGCAUACGCCCUUCUAGGCGAUUGCGCCAUUUACGUCUUUGAUCAACUUCAGGAAUACUUGCCAUCGAUAUUGGAGAUUCUGAUAGCCCAACUCGAGCUCAGCCAAGUGUUGAAUGAUGCUAAACAGACCAACUACUCAGUCGUCAAUAACGCUUGCUGGUCCGCUGGUGAGAUUGCAAUGAGGCGAGGCGCUGGCAUGGCCCCCUACGUGGAACGCUUAUUACAACGUUUGGCUGCUAUUCUGUUCAAUAAUAAGGUUCCAAUCUCUCUGAAUGAGAAUGCAGCAAUCGCCGUAGGCAGACUAGGCAUUGGCUGCCCUGAUGCACUCGCCCCACACUUAUCGCAAUUCGGCCCCUCUUUCGUCAAGAUUAUCAGUCAUGUAGACUGGACAGACGAGAAGAGCCACGCGCUGAGCGGAUUCAUCAACGUGGUUCUCGCCAACCCGGCCGCCAUGGAGCACUGCCUGUUAGAUUUCUUCGUGGAACUUGCUAGCGCCCCCAAGCAUCACGUCGAGAGCGGGUCGUCCGACACGUCAGCCGAUUGGCGAAUUGCAUUUCAAAAAGCCAUAGACGUGUAUAAGGGAAUGAUCAACAACUUCGAUGGAUUUCUCCAACAGCUCCCCACAGAGAAGGAGCAACUGUUACGGCAAACUUACCGGGUGUGA